CCCACCACUUUUUCAUCCAAAUCACAAAUUCCUCCUCCCGGAAUCCAGAUAGUUUUUGUUUCCACAAAUUAGAAAAAAUCAAAUCAACCGUACCCAAGGAAUGGCGGCGGCGGGGAGAGGAGUGAUGAUAGGAGAGAUGGAGAAGAUGAGCGUGGAACAGCUAAAAGCAAUAAAAGAACAAACAGAAAUGGAAGUCAAUCUUCUUCAAGACAGCCUCAAUAACAUCCGUACUGCCACUAAUCGCCUUGAUCUUGCUUCCACUGCUCUCCAAGAUCUUUCUGUUCGCCCUCAAGGAAAGAAAAUGUUGGUUCCCUUAACAGCUUCUCUGUAUGUUCCUGGGACACUUGAUGAUUCUCAGAAUGUUCUUGUUGAUGUCGGUACUGGUUAUUUCAUUCAGAAAACAAUGACGGAAGGAAAGGAUUAUUGUGAACGUAAAAUCAACUUGCUGAAAUCAAAUUAUGACCAACUUUUAGAGGUGGCAAGCAAGAAGAAAAGCAUAGCAGAUGAGGCAGGAAUAGUCUUGCAAGCCAAAUUGAAACAACUAGCUCCUGCAUCAUAAUUAUAUUGAUGGGCCUGGUAUUCUUAGCAUCUUGUAUUGGUUUGUAUCCUAGAACCAGUUAUCAUGAGACUUUAAUGACUAGAUUCCGAGUACUGUAUUUGCGUGCAUGAAAUUCUCCAACGUUUCUUAUAGAAAUAGUUAUUUUUCUCUGA